GAGAGGAGGAAGUUACUGACUGACUGUACACACACACACAUAUACACACACACAGACACGCGCACAUAUAUAUUUACACAUAUGUAUACACUAACGAACAUUUCAGAACCGCCCUCACAUAUCUCAAUACUUACACUGACGUAUACAUACACGCACACAGACUGCUGACUGUCAGAGAAAGGACAGUAUCUCUGUUCAGUGUAUUCGGAGCGCGUGCGCCUGUGUAUAUACAAAUAUACAUAUAUAUACAUAGUUCUUUUCUUCAAGGCGUAUUUUGAACCGUUGGACUUAUUUUAUUACAUUACACAAAACAACCUGCAUGUAAAUUAAAUAUACAUACAUAUUCACCUGAAUAAUUUAUUUCAGCUUUUGUCCACACUUGGAUCUAUAUUUUUUUUUGCUAAACGGAGGCAGAAAUUUACCUUUCUAUUUUGGAUUUAAGUUGACUGCUUUACUGAUUGCGGGUAAUUUCAUAAUUAUACGGCUUGUAUCACCCGAAAAGCCCACAGAUACUUUCUGAGAUGCUCAUCGGUGGACGAUAACAUUAGUUUUGGACUGCCUGAAAAUGAUUUUCUGGCAGCCUGUGUGUUUUAUUGUUUUUGGAGUUAUUCUCCAGAUUAAAGCUGAACGGAUGCAAACAGAGGAAAUGGUAGCCUUUGUAUGUGAGAAAAACAACUUAACGCUGGACUGCGGAGACAAUGGCAUCAUCAGAAUAACCCGUGCCAACUAUGGUAGGUUCACCAUCAACCAAUGCAAUUUCUUUGCACAAGUAGAUGGGUGGAAUAUACAGUGUCACUCAAAACUCUCAAAUAUCGUUGCACGUGAAAGGUGUGAUGGACGUGUCAGUUGUAAAAUUCCUGCUGAGAAUUCCAUAUUUGGAGGAGACCCCUGUUCUGGCACCUUCAAGUACCUUGAGGUACAUUACAUUUGUGAGAAAGACUCUGCCCCAACUUUUCCAAAAUUUCAGGUGGCUAAAGUCGGUGAUACAGUAGAGCUAAUGUGCUCAAAAGAAGAGUUUGGUGACUCUGCUAUACAGCUCCUAGCAAGAAUCAAAUGGUCUAAAGUUGAUGGAAAAAUACCGAAAAGAGCCAUAAAUGAAAGAAAUAAACUCAUUAUACAUAAAGCAUCUUUGAGAGAUGCUGGCAUUUACUGCUGUACUAUCACACUUGGAACAAAGUCUUUCCAGUCCAAAAUUACACUCAAUAUCACAUCGUCAUCACAUAGACCCCCACAUAUACCCGAAACUACCACCGUUCCAUCAACCACAACAACUACCACCACUAGAAGACCAAUUCCUGUACAUACUACAAAAAAGCAUCCAGAACCGUCCACUGUAAGUUCCACGACAACAACAAGAAGAACAACCACUACAACUCGAUCAACAACAACAACAACCCCAAGACCAAAGACCACCAGCCGCAAGUACGAUAUCAGAACGAAAAGCUUCACGACCCAAUCUACGACACCAUACAGAGUAAUUUCUACAACAUAUCGAGCCAAAAAGUGCCCAGAGAAAACUGUUGAUGGAAUAUGGUGGCCUACUGUGCAUUCUGGGGUUGUGAGUGAACGACCUUGCCCAGGGGUUAAAGUCGGAAUCGCUAGAUGGCAAUGUGGGGAAAGUCAUUGGAUUCGACCAGCUCCUAACUACACUGAUUGUGUGGCACCAUGGCUGCAAGACAUCGCAAAUAAUGUACGUGACACGUUAAAAUCUGAUGUAAAUGGUACUCAACCUCAAACAUCCAUGGGCAACCUUUCAAAACAUAUGAAAGCUUCUUAUCUUGGUUCUGGUGAUAUUAUAAAAACUACGAAAGAGAUUAUUCCAGGCCUUACCAGAAUACUACAGAGAGAAGUUGAGCAUACGAAGCAUAAAAUGAAACUGGUGACAAAUUUUACUGAGGGAUUCCUCAGUGUCGGCAGUACUAUGCUACAGGAUAACCAGAAAGGAGGAUGGGAAGAAAUGCCACCAUUUGAACGUUCCGGUGUAGCAACAAAUUUGGCUUACACUAUGAAGACAACAGCUUUUAAAAUGGCUUCACUGCUGACCAUGCAAUCUCAAAUAGAGAUAGCUACAGAUAAUAUUGACCUCGAAAUAAAGGUUGCAGAAAUUACACAGCACCUACAAGAUGUUAAAAUGCCUUCCAGUCAGUAUUUUCGUUCUGUUGAAGACUACAUUAUUAUACCAAAGGAAAAUUUAAUAAAAUAUUCUCACGGAGGUUUGUAUCGUGCUGUCUAUAUGGUGUACAAGAACCUUGAUGAUUUGCUCAACAAUGAGUUAGAUGAAGAUGUAAUGGAAACUGACAAAAAACAAGGAGCUGGUGAUGGUGAUGAUGGUGGUGAUGAUGAUGAUGUGGUGGACAAGAAAGAAUCUGUCCAUGUUGAAACACGUGUACACAACAAGAAAUUCAAAGAAUCCCCUCAGCUUGAUCUCCAACUUCAAGAGACAGAUAACGACCAAGAAACAGUUGAAACAGAAAUACAGGCCCCACAGAAAAUCAACACCCGAAUUUUGUCUGUCACCAUUGACAACCGACAAAAUACACAGUUAGAAAAGCCAGUGGUUUUUGUAUUGAAGCAUCUCGUGGAUCAAGACCCACGGAAUGCCAAAUGUGUAUUUUGGAAUUAUACAGUGCGAAACAUGGAUGGCCGUUGGUCCAGAAAAGGCUGUCAGCUUUUGUCCACCAAUAUGACCCACACAGCUUGUAAAUGUAACCAUCUAACUAGCUUUGCUGUACUUAUGGACUUCAUUGGCACCAAGCCCCCUGGCCCACAUGUUGAUGCCCUGUACAUUAUCACUUUCGUUGGCUGUAUUCUCUCCAUUAUCGGCCUUUUCUGCUGUUUUGUAACGUUCAGCUACUUUAGGAAUUUGCAAAGUAGUCGAAACACUAUCCAUAAAAACCUGGUUCUCUGUUUGAUGUUAGCUGAAAUUACAUUUCUAGCCGGUAUACACCAGGUCAAAAAUAAAAUUUUCUGCGCUGUGAUUGCUGGUGUUCUUCAUUUUCUCUUUUUAGCAGCAUUUUGUUGGAUGUGUCUUGAAGGCAUCCUGCUCUAUAUAAUGCUUAUUGAAGUCUUUGAGGCAGAAUCUCGUCGAACUGCUUUUUACCUUUUUGGUUAUGGAAUCCCUGCUCUGAUUGUUGGAAUCGCACUUGGUGUAGAUUACAGAGGAUAUGGCACAGAUAGGCAUUGCUGGUUGAAGAUUGAUAAUUACUUUAUACUUAGCUUUGUGGUACCGGUUGGCAUUAUAAUUCUUAUUAACAUGUUCAUGUUGAUCUUAGCAAUAUACAUGAUGCACACUCACGCCAACACUGCUAAUUCUAAAGAACGGUCAACUAAAGAAAAGAUAAAUGGACACCUGAGCACAAGCAGUGACCUUGCUCUGUGCGGUUCUCAAUCCAAACUCUCCUAUCUGGCAGAUAUUCCAGGAUGGAUCAGAGCUGCUUGGAUACUGAUCAUUUUGCUUGGUCUCACUUGGAUCUUUGGUUUAUUCUAUGUAAACCAAGAAACACUCUUCAUGGCAUACAUUUUUAACAUUCUGAAUAGUCUACAAGGAUUUUUUAUUUUUAUUUUCCACUGCCUUCUGAAUGACAAGGUUCGUAAAGAAUACAAAAAAGCUAUCAAGAGCUCAACUUGGCUUCCAGAAUGUAUUAAACCAUGUUGUGGAGCGGCCUCUACUGAAAGAUCCUCAACUCCGAAUCCUUCAACAUCUUCAGGAAAUUAUUUCUCCAGACUCCUCAAGAAAAGGAAGAGUUCUACCACUAGUAAUAUCAGCAAGACACCUGCUAGAAUUCGCAGUCCUGUGAGUGCUGAUACAACUGGGGAGUCGGAUUAUCAUACAUCCAAGCGAGGCUCUUCAGAAUAUGAUUAUCCAGCACACCAUUUACCAAACAGGCAGUCCUACAAUGACCAACAUAUGUACCAUGAUGUUAACGAGCUGUCGUUAGCCGACUGCUCAGUGAUUAACAGUGACUAUGUUAGUGAGUAUUGUCAGACUAACCUCCAAGUCAGCCAUGAGAAUCAACUGAGUCCAGUGAUAUCUAUCGACUCUGGCGCUGAUUCUGACACAGAUUCCAUAGUGAAGAGACGAGAUUCCAUUCUCUCAAGAGACUCGAAUAUUCAAAAGAGAGAUUCAUUUGAAUCAGACGACAAAAUAUUAGAACUCGAUGCCGAUCUACUGAAACUAGCUGAAAAAGAGAAGCUUAAUGAAGAAUACGAACCUCUUAUGUACCCCAACUCUACGACACUGGAAAAUCGCAACCGAAUAAACCAGAUGUUGAACAAAGCUGACAUGAACUGUGCCGGCGAUAUUGAUAGCAUCAGUAAUGGUGCGAAACCCCCAUUAAGAUCUGUGAAUAACUAUCAUGUGACACCGCUGUGUCAUCCGGAGAAGCAAUUGAUGGACGACAGUAGCCAUCAGCCUUUAUUGCAGACCGACAUUAUCGGUAACCCCACUUGCAUGACUGAAAACGCUGCAUACCGAGAAACAUCACAUUCCAAUCCUUAUAGCUCUGUUAAUGUUGCUAUGCCCAAUGGCACCAAUAGUGACAGACCUUUAACAGAAAGAGCAAAGCACAGAGUACUCGGAGAACCGCAUUCCAAUAUAGUCAAACAAGGUAGAAGGACUGAAGAACUUCCGAGUUUUUCAGAAUGUUAAGUUUGAAAGUUUGACUGAAAAAUUAAACAAAUCCCUCCUGUUUCUUCUCAUAUCUUUUAACCCUAUACAAUCCCAGAGCCCAUGUUCCUCUUCUAUAAAAAAAAAAAUACAAGAAAAAAAAAAACCAUGCUGCUGUAUUAUAAUUGUGGACUUUCGUGUUACAAGACAGAAAAUAGCACAAACAAUAAUGCUUCCCCUUGCAAACAAAUAAAACUCAUGCUAGUCCCUUACCCCAAACCCACAUAUUUUUUUUAAUAUUUUUUUUUUUUCCUUGUGACGCUGGAGAAAAGGACGUUUUAAAAUACUUUGAAGGAAGUAUAUAUAUGCUACCAAUCUCUGUAGGAAGACAUACAUCUAUAUAUAUAUAUAUAUAUAUAUAUAUAUAUGCAUACUAAUGCUAACAGUACAGAGUUUCCAACUGUUUGUAAAGUGCAGCUACAGGGAAGGUGUUAUAUAUAUUAAUGUUCUAAGACUGAAGCAUAUGACUCAUGUUAAACAGAGUGGGCGGGUGGGGCAGGUAUUGAUCCCCUCACUUAAAACAAAAUAUUAUACAGAAUGAGCAGUGCUCAUAAGAAUCACAGUUUACUUGUCUUCUGCUAUUAUCAUCAUCUGAAGGGAUUUUGCACCUACUCAAAUUGGAAUACAUUGCAUUACAGGAUCACAUCAAAGGGAAAACAGGAAUAUAGAUACAUAGAUAGAAAUAAAGAUAGAUAUAUAUAUAUAUAUAGAUAAAUAGAUAGACAGAAAGACACAAUGCCAUUUAGAUUCAUGUCCUUAAGCACAUACAUAGAUGCUUAGCUAAAUUUUUUUU